CACGCGGAAGACGGAAGAUUUUCGCCGCUAGUGUCAGCUCGUGUCUACCCUUCAGUGAAGCUCGCGGCUCCCCUCAAGCCCGGCCGCUGCUCGUGAGGGUCUGCGAUGCACCACUAAUGUCGCACGAAUGCGGGGUCCGUCAAAGUCACUUUCAGCUCAGUCGCCACUUCCGUGUCGGGGUCGCGUGCUCUACGUAAGCCCAUUACAGGAAGCUCCAAUCUGCGCGUGAUCCUCUACAGAUCGAAGGAACUGCGGAAUACGGAGGCUCGAGCUGCGGGGACCUGCCGCGGACAUCGCAUUACAGAAACUACGUCUUGACAGCCGUGGAGGAAUGCCAGCCGGAGUCUGUGGGUGCUGUGGGCCUCUGAGGCCUCGCUACAAGCGACUCGUGGACAACAUCUUCCCCGAGGACCCCAAGGAUGGACUGGUCAAGGCGGAUAUGGAGAAGUUGACGUUCUACGCGGUGUCGGCGCCGGAGAAGCUGGAUCGUAUCGGAGCGUAUCUGGCGGAGCGGCUGACCAGAGACGUGAUGCGCCACCGCUACGGGUACGUGGUGAUUGCGAUGGAGGCUCUGGAUCAGCUGCUGAUGGCGUGCCACUCCCAGAGCAUUAAGCCGUUCGUGGAGAGUUUCCUGCACAUGGUGGCCAAGCUGCUGGAGUCCCAAGAGCCAGACCUGCAGGUGCUGGGCACCAACUCGUUUGUAAAGUUCGCCAACAUUGAGGAGGACACCCCUAGCUACCACCGGCGGUACGACUUCUUUGUGUCGCAGUUCAGCGCUAUGUGCCAUUCCACACAAGAGGACGCCGAGACACGCACCAGGAUCCGUGUGGCUGGUAUUAGGGGGUUGCAGGGGGUGGUACGUAAGACGGUGAAUGAUGAACUUCAGGCCAUCAUCUGGGAGCCUCAACACAUGGACAAGCUGAUCCCAUCUCUACUGUUCAACAUGCAGGAUACGGACGACACCGAGAGGGGGUCAGGUGAGGAGAAUCCGGCGUCCCUGGCCGAGAGCUGUUUCCGGGAGCUGCUGGGUCGAGCCGCCUAUGGCAACAUGAACAAUGCCGUGCGCCCCGUGCUGGUGCAUCUGGAUAAUCAUCGGUUGUGGGAUCCAAAUGAGUUUGCCGUCUCCUGCUUCCGAAUCAUCAUGUACUCAAUACAGGCGCAACACUCGCACCAUGUGAUCCAGCAGGUGCUGGUGCAUCUGGACACACACAGUAAGAACACUCCUCGCGUGCGCGCCGGAAUCGUCCAAGUGCUCCUGGAAACCGUUGCCAUUGCAGCCAAGGGUUCCGUGGGCCCCACAGUGCUGGAGGUGUUCAACACUCUGCUGAAGCACCUGCGUGUGUCUGUGGAUGGAGAGCUGGCUGAUGGCAGACGGGCAUCCAGCAGUAGCGUGUCAUCAUCCCGCGCCAGAGACAGAGACAGCGUGUCAUCAUCCCGCGCCAAAGACAGUGAUGAAAGGAUUGUCCAGAAUGCCAUUAUUCAGACUAUAGGCUUCUUUGGGGGAAAUCUGCCGGACUAUCAGCGUGCUGAAGUCAUGAUGUUCAUUAUGGGGAAGAUUCCAGUCUACGGCACGCCCUGCCACACACUGGACACAGUCAAGAUCGGGCACCAAGGCACUAAGAGGAUCCAAGCCAUGCUGCUCAACUCCCUCAUUAUGGUGACGUCGGGCUUUAAGUGCAAGACCAUGUGUGCUGGGCUACCUGCGCCCUUGCUGGAGCCGCUGUGUUCCGUUUCUCUGAUGGAAGAUUCCGAGCUCCGCCUCCUUGUUCUGGAGAUUCUUCACAACAUCAUUGAUCGUCACGACAACCGAGCCAAACUCCGUGGCAUACGGAUCAUUCCUAAUGUUGCUGCUUUGAAGAUCAAACGUGAGAAAAUAUCCAAGCAAGAUGUGAUGUUCAUGAAGAAGCAUGGUCAGCAGCUGUACAGGCACAUCUAUCUGGGGUGUAAAGAGGAGGACAACGGCCAGAAGAACUUUGAGCUCCUGUUCACCGCCCUCGCUCUCAUCACCAUAGAGAUGGCCAACGAGGACGUCAUCAUAGACCUCAUACGCCUCUCCCUAGCACUGCAGGAUAUGGCGUUGGCCAAUGAGGAGAAUCUGCCCAUGUUCAUCCGCUGUGGCAUCAUGGCGCUGGUGGCAGCCUAUCUCAACUUCCUGAGUCAGAUGAUCGCCAGCCCGGGGCUAUGCCAACACGUCAGCAAGGUGAUCGAGUUGAGGAAUCUUGAGGCUCCAUAUUUACUCCCUGAGCACGUAUUCCGAGAGAAGUGUCCGCUUCCCACGGCGCUGCAGGCUGAGGACCGGGCGGUGUACUUUGGUGUGUGUGACAUGACUGAGGCCCUGUGUGGCUCCGCCUACAGCGUAGAGCGUCUUCCCAUCCCAUACGUCCCCCAAGUCACAGAUGAAGAUCGCCUGACUCGUAGGAAGAGCUUUGUAGAUACCAUCUCCUUACAGCUAGAUAUCCUAUCCAACAGUCUACCAGACAAGUCACACCUGGCUGAAGAG